AUGUGUGUCAUACGUGUAAUAGAACACAGCCAAGGAAUUGCCUCAUUGGUUGCACUCAACAUGUUUAAAUUAGUACGAAUUGAUGACGAAUAUCAUAGCGAAAUAGUAUUGAAAGAUGGAAAGCAAGUUAUAGGUCGUGACCAAAUGUUCGAGUGUGAUGACAAACGGAUCUCCAGGCGUCAUGCAGAACUAGAGGCCAUGGUUGAUUCUGUCUGUAUUAAAGCAUUACAUACAAAUCCAUGUUUUUUCGUAAAACACAACAUGGCGGUCGCACAAAUACUAAAGCAGAACACAGCGAUAAAUGGGUGUCACGGCGACAAAACUUGGCUUUCUACCAAACAACCAAUGAUUCUGGCAUCCAGUAAAGAAGAUACCGUGAAAGAGGAAUGCAAAGAACUCACAUCAGCGGAUAACUCCACAGAUCAGGAUAAAGAAAUUGCAGAAAGUCUAACAGACAGACAAACAGAAGCGCCAGAUUCCCCAUCGUUAUCAUCAAAGGACAAUGUCGACGAGCUGACACAGGAAUACCAGCCCUGCAAACCGACCGUACAGAGCCCUAGCAAGAGGUGUCUCAUCAAACAGGAGCCCUCUAGUCCAGAUGUUAAAAAAGUGAAAAUUGAACGGGAUUCAGACGACACAAAGGCCCAGUGUAGCAGCGGUUUGCCGAGCUCGUCUGGCGACAGUUCCAAUGCCGGCGACUCUUCACCACCUCCAGCUGUUCCGCAGAACACCAACACCAAGCGGGAGAGAUGCAUGUACGGAAAAGACUGCUAUAGGAGGAACCCGCAGCACAAGGCGCGCUUCAGCCACCCGGCCGACGCGGACUGGGGCGCGGGCGCGCAGGCCGAGUGCCCCUACGGCUACGCGUGCGCUCGCCGCGACCCCCGCCACUGGCGCGACCACUCGCACCCCUACGGCAUGCACCCGCCGCCCCCGCAAGGUAUUAAAAAAAAGCGCUCGCACAUCGUGCAGAGGAACGGGAACAUAUUCUACAUAAACGCGAACACUGUCAACUUUUACGACGACCAUUUCGAGGCGGAGGACACCGACGGCGAAAGCCGGAAGAGGAAGAGGGCUAAGGUCGCCGAGGUGCAGGGGCCGAUCGUGCAGGGGAAGAGGGCGCGCCGCCCCCUCGCCCCGCCAGGGGGCGCGUGGAGCGGCACGGAGUCCGACGAAGACCCCUACGGCACCGACGACUCCGAAGAGUGGAGCCCCCCCAGCGACCUCUCCGAGAGCCAAGACUACUCGCAGACCGUG